UAUAGUAUACUGUGUGUGUUGUAUUCGAAUCUCGAAUCGGAUGUUAAAUCUUAAUAAAAUAUUUUAAUCUUAUCUAUAAUGUUUAUUUGAUCGUACAUUAAUCGGGUUGAUAGAAUAUCAGCAUCAUAUCUCAAUGUAAUGCCUGUCAAUUCACUAAAGCGUAACAGUGAACGGGGGUGAUAAUUUAUUAUAAUUCCUUUCAGUUAGUUUUCGACAAAUGUAAUUUGGUGCUCAUAAUGGAAGAUUAUAAGUUUCUUUUUAAAGUUGUAUUAGUAGGCAAUGCUGGUGUAGGUAAGACCUGUUUAGUGCGGAGAUUCACACAAGGCUUGUUCCCACCAGGCCAAGGUGCUACAAUUGGUGUUGAUUUUAUGAUCAAAACUGUGGAAGUCGACGGAGAGAAAGUGAAGUUACAAAUAUGGGAUACUGCCGGACAGGAGAGAUUCAGAUCAAUAACCCAGAGUUACUACCGUUCUGCACAUGCAUUGAUAUUGGUGUACGAUAUAUCUUGCCAGCCAACAUUCGACUGCUUGCCAGAUUGGUUGAGAGAAAUUGAAGAGUAUGCUAGUCAUAAGGUUCUUAGAAUAUUAGUUGGUAAUAAAACUGAUAGAGAAGACAGAGAAAUCCCUCGGCAUAUAGGAGAGGAUUUUGCACAAAGACAUGGGAUGUAUUUCUUAGAAACAUCUGCUAAAGAAGCAGAGAAUGUGGAAAGGCUGUUUAUGGAGAUAGCUGUUGAACUAAUGGAGCAAGCAAAAUGCAAGGAGCUACCCAAAUAUGACGGCAGCUUAGGCCCAAUUAACGGCAAGACGACAUCUGUCGGAGAUGGCUCAUGCUGUCUCCGAUCAUAAACCUAACGAAUUUAUCUCGUUGAUAUUACUAGUGUUGUAAAACUCGUUGUUUUUAUAGAGUUAAUUUAUUUUUUGGGUACCCAAUGAAGAAUAGUCUAUGACCAUCAUCAUGAUACAACUCUCGUUAUUAUUUUGUCAUUGUGGUGUCAGUUUUAUGUAUAGGAUUUUUCUCCUGAUCAUUAGAAACUUCGUACUUAAUAUGAAAAAUCAAUGCACAUAUAAUUCAAUUGAUAUGACAAGAACUAAAAAAUUAUAAACUUUAGUUUACAUUAAUAGUAAAACUUUAAGCAAAUAUUUAAAGCAAAGAUUAAUAUUAUGGAUUAUGAGUGAGAAACUUAAGUAAAUAAGGUAACUGAACAUUGUGUCGCUAAUGUAUCAUCCAGAAUGCUCCACCAAUUGAAUUUUUUCAUGCUGUCGUAAGGUACUUAAACUAUUAAAUCUUUUACUUAAAUUAUUAAAUUCAGACUCACAUGGUUAUAGAAAAGUUUAUAAUUUUUUUUUCUUAUUGUUAUAUGUAUAAUAUAAAAUAGAAAAUAAAUGAUCUCUAUAAAAACACUUAAUAACUUAAUAUUAUAAUGUAGUGCUAAAAUCAUUCCAUUUGCUUUUAAGCAUACACUUUGUCACAAUUUCAUGUGUUUAGUUUAAUACAACUUUCUCGUUUGAGUGAAAUGAUUGGAUACUUAACACUGAAAGAUUUUUCCACUUUUAUCAUUUUAGUAUUAUUUCAGUUGGUAAUUAUUAUUAUUAUUAUUUUAAUUCCUUUUUUUUAAGUGUAGCAAAAGAGUACUUGCUGUAACGGUUAUUGAUUUAACACAUCUGUUGCCAGUUAAUAUGAUUUUAAUUAUAACUAGUAUUUUACAUAAUUGGUAACUAAAAAGAAAAGUAUCAGACUGCAUAGCCUCCUCCCUUUUUAAGGCGGUUUCGAGCUUAUUCCAUCACGUGACACCCGACUCGUCCGGUUUUCCUCAGUAAACGAAAUAAAUUAUAAAUAAAAUAUAAUCACGCGAAGACAGCCGUGCUUCCUCGAUCGAACCAGCAAUUAUCGGUUGAGAUUCACGUGUUCUGUCAAGUAGUCCUUUCGGCUCAUAUAGACAACAUAAAGAAAUAUAAAAAUGACUUUUACAGUUGUUCAUUAAAAUCAAAACACAUGCAAAUGGUACAAUAGUUAUGGUGGCUGACCUUAGUGUUCUCCUUUUUUAAUUUUUUUUUUAUUAUAAAUGACUGUGAAAUGGUUGUGAGAUAGAUUGAUGAAUUGUAUUAAUUAUUAUUGUAUGACUGAAUGCGCCAUUUUUCUUUCUUUGAGUGUGCAACCUCGCUAGAUUAAAUAUAAACGAACGCUGCUCACAAAUCGUAGAUAUUAGGUUUAAGUUUGUAUAUUCCAGUGGCGGGAGGAAUAAAGAUAAACAAACCUUGAAUUUAUAUAAAUAUAUAUUUGCGAUUUUCUAAUAGUUCUGCUAUUAUGCACUGCAAACAGUUCUUAUUAUAAUACAACACUGUUCCAAUUAAUUACUUAUAUUCAUUUUAACCUCAAAAGCUCCGAUGACGACUUUUUGACGAGUAUAUCAUUGUAUUCAUAAAUCAUAGAUUAUCUAUAUAAGUAUGUAUUUACAAAAAAAAAGUAGUGUUUGCAGUAUCAGUUGUCUGUCUUCCAUAGUACAAGCUCUGCUUAGUUUGGGAUCAGAUGGCCGUGUGUGAAUAAUGUCCCAGGAUAUUAUUAAUUCAAAGUCAAAGUUGUUUAUUUACGCUUGCUGUCAUUGGACGAUUCCAAACUACAAAUUUGACGUAUUGAAAUCAUCGUAAAUUGAACGCUUCGUUCGUGUUUUGUCAGCUUACAUUCUCUCUAGAUUUGUUAGAAUAAAUUGACAUUUGAAAUUAUCCGGUGAUGAUAUACAUUGAGUAAUUAAUAGCGUUAUCAAGUUUAGGCAUAUCAUUGUGACAUGAAAUUGUGAUAGAGUUGUCGAGUUAACGGAUUUGCUGUUGCAAUUUAAAUUUUUUUAUUAUAAAUUUGUUAGUGUAUUAUUAGUGUUCCGUGAAAGGUUAACUAGACAAUGUGUAGGUUUUAAUGUUAAUUAUAUUCUGAAUUAGACUAAUGCCGAUCUUGACUUUAAUUAAUUUAUUCCUAGUUAAUUCCUGGUAUGCGUUGCAAUGCCUAUUUUUUUUUUGUAAACAAUUAUCUGAUAGCGAAUGUACAAAUUCAUUGGAUCGGAUGAUUGUAUAGGAACGCAUACGGAGCAAACAAAGAAGAAAGAAAAGCAUUCUUUUUAUAUAUAUAGAUUGUAAAUACCACAAUGAUAAUUAGAUGAAAUUAUAUACAUAUAUUAAUUGUACGAUACAUUUUUUAUUAAAAGUCUUACUUUUAUAUUUCUUAUAAAGCUAAUUUUCAACGUAUAUUAAUAAAAUCUUAGUCAGUUAUUAGAAUGCUUACAUUACACAUGAUCUUUUUAAACUUAAAUAUAUUUGAAUCGAUUUUCCAAUUUUGUUGUUGGUUUAAUAAUUAUGAAUUAUGUUAAGCUAUUUGUCAAACUUGCCUCGAAACUUUAAUGAAAGUGAAAUUAAACACUUUUACUUAAAUCUGAACGGUUAUUGGUCGAUGGCAGUUGAUGACGCUAUAAGCGACCAAUGAGCGUUCAGUGGUUAGCCAUUUAGGGUAUUAAUUAUAUAAUCUUAUGUAACUAUAGAAUUAUUGUUGAAUUUAACUUUAAAUUCGUUUUUUUUUUAAAUGUAAUAUCGUUUUGCUUAAUAUAAAUGUUAUUUUAUUUUAAAUUAAGUAUUUUAAUUAUACUGGCUAUCUAAUUAUCAUUGUUGUUAGAUGUAUUAAGGCCAGUUCACACAUGUACCCGAAAAGCCUUUUAUGGUGGCUGUGAGAACAUAGAGGAUUGUAGCCAAAAUUAGUGUCGGAUAGGAUAUUCAAGUUUUAUAAAUAUAUUUUUUUUUUUAUCUGCACCUUCAGUCUCCAGAUAUUGUCGCCGAUCAUAUUGUAUACAAUCUUGGCUAACUAAUUUGGCAGUACUAAGUAGUAUCUUACAAAUAUUUUUGUAAUCAUCAUUUUACAAGAUAAAUUAAAUUUAAAGCUUUGGUUUGGAAUAUGGAUUCUACCGGCACCGGCACCGGAACUGGCGGGAUUUACUCUUUUUCGUCAAAUAUACAUGUAAUAAUCAUAUACAAUCAAAUUUAUCAGUGAAAAUCAGCUAGUACUUUCUCCAAGUAUCCUAUCAUCUAUAUAAACGUAACGUGCGAUUUAAAUGAAUUUACUAGUAAAUGUAUGAUCUCCGAGAUUAAAUUAUAACUAAAGUUAUAGGAUUAUUUUUAGUCUUGCCUAAUUUAUGUAGAGAUUGUCUGCAAAGUAAACAAUAUCGUUUGUUUAUAAUUUAUCAAGCCCAUUCAUGAUACUUGUGCUAUUAUUUAAAUUCACCUCUUCGUUAUUAGUUAACUCGACUUGCAGUGUGCAUGUGUAAACGGACCUCCAGAGAUAACAAUUAUCUUUUUAUCUUAAUUUUUCUUGUACAGUCAUCACAAAACCUGGAUAUAUUUUUUUAAAUUUUUUUAUUUUUUAUUUUUAUAUGAAAUGUUAUACAAUGUGUGCCCAUAACAUGUUAAUUUUACUCUAAUGUUAAUUAUUUAUUAAUAUUUAUUGCAAUUGUAGGUGCGGUUUUUUUGUUUUUUUUUUUUUGGUUUUAAUGUAGCGUUUCUAUAUUAUAUCAUCACAUUGAUAUUAUUUGCAAUUUGGUGUCUGUUUCGAUUUUUUUUUUUAAAUAUAAACGUCAUUGUUGUAUAGUGAUAGUGAUAGUCGUGCAAUGAAUCGUCUUGAAGAAUGUUGAAGAGUUGCUGAAACUCGUUUUGUUUUUAGUAGCCUUUUAUCGAGUUUUUUUUUAGCUAUGUAACUGUCAAAGUGUGUAUUAAAAUGUCAGUAUUUAUUUACUAAUUUGCAAUUAAGUUACUUGGAAGAUAGAAGUCCAAGGCCUCUUAUAAGGAUAGAAGGCUUUUGUCCUUCAGUUGUUAAUAGUACAUAAUGGAAUAGUAUUGAGAGAUUUUAUUUUAUAAAUAUCAACUUACCGUACUUCAAUGUUUUAGUUUGAUGACUAUUUAUUGAUACUUAAAAUUAGUCUUGCAUAAUGUUCGUAUAUUUAUUAAUUUCAUUUGACUUUAAAUCAUGAAUCGAUUUAAUUGCCGUAUGGAUUGGCGACACUUGACGUCUCGUACCCGCCACUAUACAUACACUGAUUCAACUCAAAAUUAUCUAAAUGCUUUGCCUGAUUAACUAGUGCAACGAUGUUGGCUUUAAAUAUGUGUAGUUAACUAAAUUUCAUAUAGAAUAAUAAAAUAUAUACAAUGUUACUAAUGAACGUUACAUGGCGGCUGAAUGUUUACGCACCAAAUUGUCUCUUUCCGACAUCAACGAUUUUACAUUCGUAAGAAAAAGACAUCCUAUGUCUUUACAGCCGUUAUUUAAAACUUUUUUUUUUUAAUAAGGGAUGUAAUUUUUAAGUCUGACAAUUUUGACAGUUAUCAUAGCGAGAUAGACCAGUGAGUUGUUAAUGCUUAAUAAUUAUGAUUACUUUAAUUAAUGUACAGUUCAAAUUGGAUCUGAAAUAGCUACUUACAAAUCUCUUCGUGUCAUCGGUCAUAGAAAUUAAAUAUCACCAAAGAACUAAAUUAUUGUAAUGCAAUAAAUCAAAUUAUCACUUUCGA